AUGCCCCAUCUCCGUCCUCUAUCACCAUGGUACAAUGAAGAGAUUGAUCAAGAAAAAAGAAAUCGCAGGAAAUUAGAGCGCCGCUGGCGCGCAUCUGGAUUAUGUAUUGACAGACAGUUAUAUGUUAAACAAUGUGAGACAGUGAAUGCCAUGAUAAAUAAUGCUAAGACAACAUACUACUCAUCGGUUAUUUCUAGCAAUGCACAUAAUCAGAAAGUGUUAUUUAGUACGGUUGAUAAAUUACUCCAUCGAAAGCCAGAAAAGCGCUAUCCAACUGCGUCAUCAACCACAGAACUCGUGAAUAAAUUUGCAGAUUUCUUCAGUAAUAAGAUUACUACUAUACGGCAAGAACUAGUCAUUGAUUCUUCCCACUGUAAUCAGCUAAAUCAAGAGGAGCAAUAUGUACAAUGCGCUAAAUUCAUUAACUUUCAAGAAGUCACGGAACAUGAAAUUAAAAAUAUUAUUGAUAUAGUUGGAAAAAAAUCUUGUGAACUUGAUCCAGUUUCCGCAAAAAUCUUUCAAAGUUGUCAGAAGACUCUCUUACCUAUAAUUACUAAGAUCAGUAAUGAGUCACUUCAGUCAGGUUGUAUGCCUGAGAUACUAAAAGAAGCCGUGUUGAAACCAAAACUAAAGAAAGAUUCGUUGGAAUACGAAGAAUACACAAAUUUUAGACCUAUUUCAAAUUUAAAACUCCUGUCUAAAGUAAUUGAGAAGGCCGCCGCCGGUCAGCUUCUGGAACAUUUGGCUAAUAACAACCUAGAAGAACCUUUCCAGUCGGCAUAUAAAC